CUCCACCUAAUCCCAAUCGAUGUCUCACCGUCGUCGCUUCACUUCCUCUCCCCCAACUUCUCCAGCAUAACGCCUUCGAUGACACUGAUGGAACUUCAAUGGUCCGCCAUAAAUCCUCCAUUCAAGAAGACUAUUGACCCUCCACAUCUCUCCUCCGGGUCGAUGAUGUCUGUCUAUCUCUUUGUGUUCUCUUCUUCUCAGCCUAUUUAUACGCCAUUACCAUCGCUCUUUCCUCAGAUCUUAAAAUCCAUACCUUAAUCAUGGCCAAAAAAACCGCAAUCCUCACCGGCGAUGUUUCUUCUCCUCUCCUCUUCCGACAUGUUUCACCAGGACCAGGAGAUUCCACCAUGCAGUUUAGGCUUAUUCAUUUUUGGGAAGCUCGCAAGAAUGUCAAAGGAGGACCUGGCAUCUUUCUUGGGAUUGAGAUGCUUAUGAUCGAUGAAGAGGGUACUUUGGCUCAGGGGUUCAUCGGUCAGAACCGUCGUGACCAAUAUGAAAAAGAGCUCAGGCGUGGGAGCAUCUAUACACUGACAAACUACUAUGCAUCCAACAGCAAGGUGAUGUACCAUGUUGCUGAUCAGAGGCUGGUAAUUUGCAUCUCACACGCCUCUGCCAUGAGUAAGGUGGACAGAGACAUUGAAGGCAUUUUGACAGAGCGCUUCAGAAUCCAUUCCUUUUCGGAUUUUGAAGCCAACUGCGAUCUCAGAGGGGAUCUUCACGAUGUUGUUGGCCACCUUAAGCUGGUUGAUGGUCAGCCUCUCCAUCAGCGUCCGGUUUUGUGCACCAAGGAUGACUCAACAUCUCGGAGAGUCAUGGUUCAUUUGCAGCUUAAAGAUGGUCCAGUGAUUAACGUCUACUUAUAGGACGAGGCUGCGGAAAAUUUCCGCCUAAAGUUUGACGCAUGUGCAGCCACUCCAACGGUUCUAUUAGUCACAACAGUUAAUCCUAAAAGACUUGGAGGGAAAUUGAGCCUAAGUUUAAUGUCUUCAUCCAGAGUGUUUUUGGACGAAGAGGUUGACCCCACGAAGGAGUACUUGGCCUGGUUGACCAAGAACCCAGCUGCAACUUCUUCGGUUAACCCUGUUGAGGUUGUUAAAGCUGAGACACUGACAAUAAGUGAGAUUGCUGCCUUCAUCAAGCGUCAGCCUGUUCAGAUUGCCUACUUUGACUGCAUUGCCACAAUUGAUGAUGUCAAGCUUGGCACUGAGUGGUAUUACAUUGCUUGCAAGGAUUGUCAGACAAAGUUAGACCGUGGGCCUACAACACUGAUUUGCCCAAGAUGCCGCAAUGAGAAUGCUACUGCGGUAGCCAAGUAAGAAUCUCCUUUCAACCAUAUUUGCACUUUACAAGAAUAUACUAAUCAGUAAUCUUUAAACAACUGCUGGGUGGAGAUGUCUGUCUAUGAUAAUGAGCAGCAGUGCACUUUCAUCAUUCUCGGAGAUGCCGGGAAAGAGCUCACUGGCAGAAAAGCAACAGUCUUUGCAUUGUAAUAGCUAUGAGGUUGAUAAAUGGAUGAUGUUAUAAUAGGAAAAUGGUGGUGAUGGGACUGAGCUUGAGGUUCCACUGCCACAAUGUUUUAUUGAUGCAAUAGAACAGACAAAGAAGUUCAGAAUCAAGGUCACCCACUACAAUUUCACAUCUACCAGACUAUCCUUGACCGCUACCAGAAUUGUCUCAGCUGCAGUUUUACCACCAAAGAAUCCCCCACUCACACCACCUAUUCCUUUAUCAACGGCUCAAAACAACCAUGCAGCAAGUGAAGUGGAAAUCUCAAAUGUGGCUGAGAGAAGUCUUGGUGGAUCUCCCUGUGCAAACAAGCAUGCAACUUCAGCCAGUGACGCCCAGAAGAAAGCAAAGCGUAUGAAGAGUAGUGGCUAGAUCACCUGCACUAAAGUCUUCCUAUCAAUGGUUGGUACAGACUGCCCAGUCAGCAUAUUGCAAACAGUCGAAUUGGUUUCGUUUUUAAAGUUGCUUGGUUUCCUCUUGGUUAUGCAAUGUAUAAUAUUGUAUGACCAGAUGUUAUUUAUUCUACUUAGAACAGGAAAAAGAAAAUGUUUCAAGCAGUCGAAUUAUUUGACUAAUUGUAAUUAAUUUGAUGCUGUCUGUGAGAAUAAUUAAUCAAAUCUACACGAACACUCCAAAUUUAA